GCAGCAUUGUGCAGGUCGAGUGGGGGUGGAUGCACAUGUCGUGCUUCAGAAUGGAAUCCAGGGCAAGUGUCUACAUAUUAAGUGCUUUGGCUCUGGCUGUGGCUCUGAGCGAACAGACUCCGACACCCGCCUCCGAGAAUCUCCCGACUUCCAACAUAUCAGGACGCGAGUUGAGUGGCCCAGAAACAAUGGCUCCAGCAGUCCGAGGAAAUUCCAGUCGCUUCAUGGCUCUGAAUUUAAAUAAAAAUUGUCACCAAAGUGACCAAGGUUAUUGUAUGAAUGGCAUUUGCCAAUACCAUGAAGAUCACGACCAGGUUACCAGACAUCGCAUCUGCAUCUGUCAAUCAGGAUACACGGGAACAAGAUGCCAACAUGCACUCUUAACUUCCCGAGGAGUUGAAAAGUCGGAACGUUAUCUGUACAUUGCAGUCGGCAUGGGGAUUGGAUUACUGCUCAGUGGGCUCGCUGUGCUGUUCUUUUAUUGCUUCCGAAGCAGAUGCCAGAAAUCUAAAACGACAUACAGCGCAUGCUCGAGAAUGGCAAGAGUUUGACCUGUACUGCGACUCAGGCUGAUGUCCUUCCUCCCACGGGCUGAUACUAAUCAGCUCAUCCAUUAGUGAAACCAACGUGCCCAGAACUGAAGUGAACUCUGCUAUUGUGUAUUAUGCUUAAAGAGGAUCUUGGAACUCAGUACUGAACACUUGUUGUAGCACAGAACAUUUUCAGUUCAGUACUAUAGAGUUUUAUAAGCUAAUAAGUAAAAAUGUGUUUAACUGUAAUAUUCUAUGCUCAGUUAGAAUAUAUUACUGGACGCAUCUCUUUGUGACCUAGAUUAAUGAUUUGGAUGAGGGGACCAAAUAUCACAUUUCCAAGUUUGAUGAUGCUACAACACUCGGUGAGAUUGUGAGGAGGGAGGAGGAUGGAGAAGCUUCAAGAGGAAACACACAAACUGAAUGAGUGGGGAAGAAUCUGGUGGGUGGAGUGUAAUGUGGAAGAUGGUGAAAUGAUCCACUGCGUAGAAUAUAACACAGAAGUGGAAUGUUCUUUAAAUGGGAAGGGAUUGCAGAAAGUUGACAUCCAAAGGGACCUGGGUGUCCUAAUGCACAAACCACCAGAAGCCAGGUGAUUAGGAAGUUAAUGGAUGGUGGCCUUUAUUAUAAGGAGAUGGUAAUUCAGAAAUGAAGAUGUCUUAAUGCAUUUACUGGGUCCUUGUUGAGACUGCACGUAUAGACAACUUCAGCCAUUUUUAGAGUAUUAUGUCCAAUGUUAGGUACUAUACUUAGAGAAAAUGUGAAGGCUUUGGAGAGGGUGCAGAUGAGGCUCACCAAAAUACUUCAGGUAUCAGCGUCUUCAGUACUAUGGAUAGACUGGAGAAACUGGGGUUGUUCCUCCAGGAAAAGAGGAGGUUGUGAAUGGAACCAAUAGUAUUUAAAGUCAUUCAGGGUGCAGACAGAGAGAGACUGUUCCCAUUGGUGUAGAAUCAAGAGCUGGGGGAAUAGAAAGAAGGUGAUUGGCUGAAAAACAAAAACGACAAGAGGGAACACUUUUUUUAUGUAGCAAGAGUUAGGGGUUUGGAACACACGCUGGGCAGUAGUGGAGAGGGAUUCAAAAGUAGCAUCAAAAGACAGCUGGACUAGUUUUUGAGUGGAGGAAUGAGAAAGGCUGUGGGACAAAGAUGUGGGAGUGGGAUUGGCCGGAUUGCUCAUACAUAGAGCUAGUAUAGACCCAAUGGGUCAACUGGACUCUUUUGGUGCUGUAAACAUCCUGUGAUGGUGUAAAGUGUUUAUCUGUAAUUGCUUUGUAAGCUGAAAAACAAUUAUUAUACAUUGUCAGUAUUUAUUUGUU